ACACACCCAGUGACAUCAGUGAGGUUUGAAGAAGAAAAAGUCACAGCUCAGACUUUGCAGAGGAGGAACAGCAGGGCCCGGAGGUCCGUCUGUCCACAGGUUUCUUUUGGUCUCAACUGGAUUAAAGUCCGCACAGUUCGCUCAGACUGCGCGUAAAGUCAGAGUUCUGGGAACGGAAGCGGCCCACGGAGCGCACAGUUUGUGAACACGGAGGAUGUCAGCUUCAGAGGAGACGGACGGGCUCCGGCCCAGAUACGGCUCGGUCCUGGAUGGCGUGGAGCGUCUCACUGCGGAGGAGAUGGACGAGCGGAGGCAGCAGAACAUGGCGUAUGAGUACCUGUGUCACCUGGAGGAAGCCAAACGGUGGAUGGAGGCCUGUCUGGAUGAGGAGUUACCCCCCACCACGGAGCUGGAGGAGGGGCUUCGGAAUGGAGUCUAUCUGGCCAAACUCGGCAACUUCUUUGCCCCGCACACCGUCUCUCUGAAGAAGAUCUAUGAUUCUGAACAAACGCGUUACAAGGCCACAGGUCUCCAUUUCAGGCAUACAGAUAAUGUGAUCCAGUGGCUCAAUGCCAUGGCAGAGAAAGGCCUGCCCAAGAUCUUCUACCCCGAAACCACAGACAUAUACGACCGAAAGAACAUGCCACGCUGCAUCUACUGCAUCCAUGCUCUCAGUUUGUACCUGUUCAAACUGGGCCUGGCGCCACAGAUUCAGGAUCUGUAUGGAAAAGUGGAUUUCACUGAGGAGGAGAUCAACAACAUGAAGAGUGAGCUGGAGAAGUACGGGAUCCAGAUGCCUGCCUUCAGUAAAAUCGGUGGCAUCCUGGCCAAUGAGCUGUCGGUGGAUGAAGCUGCACUACAUGCUGCUGUCAUCGCCAUCAACGAGGCCAUCGACCAGGGCGUCCCAGAAGGAACGCUGGCCGCCAUGCAGAACCCCAACGCCAUGCUGCUGAACCUGGAUGUGAGCUCAGCCCAGCUCUACCACGACACGCUGUACCAGGCCAAAGGAGAGAAGGUGGCCAGCUCACGCAAGAGGCAAAUGGAAAACGCCGAUGCAGAGAGAGAUGUGUACGAUGAGCUGCUCACACAGGCUGAAAUCCAAGGCAAUGUCAACAAAGUCAACUUGUGUAAUGCUUUGAGUGCGGCCGAACAGGCGUUGCUCAGCGGUGACGAGGACAAACUGUAUGAAGCCCUGAAGGCCAUGGGGAUCCAGAACCUGCAGGUCCACAACAAAGGCUGGUACCUGAAGCAGCUGCAGGGAGACCGGCAGAACAAAGACCAGAUGUCUCCAGGAGAAGCUCUCAGUAAAGAUGAGUUACAGAUCGGUGUGGACGUGGCCAAUGAGAUUGCAGAAGGAUACCAGAAGAUGCUGAGGGCGGUGGAACGGAUCAAUGCUGCCAUCAGGGCAGGGGUGCCCGAGAAGACGGUGGAAGAGCUGAUGAACCCUGACGCUCAGCUGCCGGAGGUUUAUCCCAGCGCUGCAGACCUGUACCAGAGGGAGUUAUCCAGUCUGCAGCAGCAGAGCCCGGAGGGAUCACUGUCACACCCAGAGCUUUUGGUUGCCGUAGAGAUGCUGUCAUCAGUGGUGCUGAUGAAUGAGGCGAUGGAUGUAGGGGACAGAGCGGCUCUUUGGAAGCAGCUCUCCAGCUCUGUGACCGGGCUCAGCAACGUGGAGGAUGAGUACGCCCAGAGGUACAUGGAUGAGCUGAUGGGUCUUAAAGCAGCAGCCAGUGAGGACGGCUGUGACUAUCUGACGUGGAAUGACAUCCAGGCCUGCAUUGACCAGGUCAACCAGGCGGUUCUGGAGGAACACGAACGUAUUGCUGCCAUUGGUUUGAUUAAUGAGGCUCUAGAUGAAGGAGACCCCAUGAAGACUCUGGCCAUGCUGCAGAACUCGUCGGCCAAGCUGACUGAUGUGGAUCCAUCAGUGGCUCAGCACUAUCAUGACAUUCUGCUGGAGGCUCGGCGGGAGAAGGCUCAUGAAACCCAGGACCCUUCCGCUGUGCUUUGGUUGGAUGAGAUCCAGGACGCCAUACUGAGGGCCAACCAGGACACAAAGGAGGCUUUACAGUUCUCUCAGUCCAUCCAGGCCAUUAAUGAGGCAGUGGACAGCGGAGACGCCGCACAGACUCUGGCGGCUCUACGAAACCCUGGAGCUGGACUUUAUGGAGUCACAUCAGAGUGUGCACAGACCUACCAAGAAGACCUGUCCAAGAUCAAAGCGGACAAGAGGAAGGACGGUGAUAACAGCAGCGAGUGGGUAAAACACUGGGUGAAGGGAGGACACAACUACUACUACAACCUACAGACCAAAGAGGGUACCUGGGUGGAACCCGAGGGUUUUGUCCAGAACAACACACAGCUCAACAAGGAGGACAUUCAGUCUGUCAUUUCUGGGGUAACCACCGCCUACAAUCGAGAGCAGCUGUGGCUGGCCAAUGAGAAUCUCAUCACCAAGUUACAGGCACAUUGCCGUGGUUACCUGGUGAGGAGAGGCCUGAAGGAGCGGAUAAGUUUCCUGAAAUCCCAGGACCCAGCAGUGACCUGCAUCCAGGCCCACUGGAAAGGCUACAAACAGAGAAAGAACUUCAAAGAACGGAAGCAGUAUCUCAAAGAUCACCGUGAUGAAGCUGUCAAGAUCCAGUCGAUGGUUCGGAUGCAUCAGGCUCGCAAGAAAUACAAAGAUCGUCUGAAGUACUUCAAUGAUCACAUCAAUGAUGUGGUGAAGAUUCAGGCAUUCAUUAGAGCCAAUAAGGCCAGAGACGACUACAAGACACUCAUAAACGCUGAUGAUCCUCCUAUGGGUGUUGUGAGGAAGUUCGUCCACCUGCUGGACCACAGUGACCAGGACUUCCAGGAGGAGCUGGAGCUCAUGCAUCUUCGCGAGGAGGUGGUGACCAACAUCCGCUCAAAUCAGCAGCUGGAGAACGACCUGAACCUGAUGGACAUCAAGAUCGGCCUGUUGGUCAAGAACAAGAUCACUCUGCAGGAAGUGGUGUCGCACAGCAAGAAGCUGACCAAGAAGAACAAGGGCCAACUGUCCGACAUGAUGAUGAUGAACAAACAGAGAGGAGGCCUGAAGGCGCUCAGCAAAGAGAAGAGGCUCAAACUGGAGGCCUACCAGUACCUCUUCUACCUCCUACAGACCAACCCCACAUACCUGGCAAAGCUAAUUUUCCAGAUGCCACAAAACAAAUCCACAAAGUUCAUGGACUCUGUGAUCUUCACGCUGUAUAACUAUGCUUCAAACCAGAGAGAGGAGUAUCUACUGCUGAAACUAUUCAAAACAGCUCUGCAGGAGGAGAUCAAAUCCAAAGUGGACCAGAUGAAGGAGAUCGUCACAGGGAACCCGACUGUCAUUAAGAUGGUGGUGAGUUUCCACCGAGGAGCUCGAGGGCAAAACGCUCUGCGGCAGAUUCUGGCUCCAGUUGUGAAAGAGAUCAUGGAUGACAAAACGCUAAACAUCAAAACGGACCCAGUGGACAUUUACAAGAGCUGGGUGAACCAGAUGGAGACUCAGACUGGAGAGGCCAGUAAACUGCCCUAUGACGUGACUCCAGAGCAGGCCAUGGCCCAUGAGGAGGUCCGGACCCGACUGGAGGCCUCAAUCAAAAACAUGAGGACGGUCACAGAUAAGUUCCUGUCGGCCAUCAUUGUCUCCGUGGACAAAAUCCCAUACGGUAUGCGGUUCAUCUCCAAAGUCUUAAAGGACACUCUGCACGAGAAGUUCCCCGAUGCCACAGAGGAUGAGCUGCUCAAGAUUGUGGGGAACCUGUUGUAUUAUCGCUACAUGAACCCAGCCAUCGUGGCUCCAGACGCAUUUGACAUCAUUGAAGUAUCAGCUGGAGGUCAGCUGACCACAGAGCAGCGCCGGAACCUGGGCUCUGUGGCCAAGAUGCUGCAACAUGCUGCCUCCAAUAAGAUGUUCCUGGGAGACAAUGCACACUUGAACCCAAUCAACGAAUACCUGAGUGCUUCCUACCAGAAGUUCAGGCGAUUCUUUCUGGCAGCCUGUGAUGUCCCAUCUCUUGAAGACAAGUUCAACGUGGACCAGUACUCAGACCUGGUCACCGUCACCAAACCCGUUAUCUACAUCUCUAUUGGAGAGAUCAUCAACACUCACACUCUGCUCCUGGACCAUCAGGAUGCCAUCGCCCCCGAACACAAUGACCCGAUCCAUGAGCUGCUGGAAGACCUGGGGGAGGUUCCCACAGUGGAGUCACUCAUCGGCGAAAACCCUCUGCCCCCUGAUGACCCCAACAAAGAGCUGAUGGGUAAAACUGAGGUGUCACUCACCCUCACAAACAAGUUUGACGUCCCUGGAGAAGCCAACACUGAGAUGGACGCCAGGACUCUGCUGCUCAACACAAAGAGGCUCAUUGUGGACGUGAUACGGUUUCAGCUUGGAGACACUCUGACAGAGAUCCUGGACUCAACAGCCAGUCCAGAACAGGAGGCAGAGUACCAGCGAGCCAUGCAGAGGAGAGCAAUCCGAGACGCCAAGACUCCAGAGAAGAUGAAGCAGGCGAAGCCAGUGGUGGACGACAGUCUGACGUUGCAGGGCAAGAAGGACAAGAUCAAGAGCAACCUUCAGAGACUGGCCGAGCUGGGAAAGGUCCACCCGGAAAACCGCUACCAGGACCUGAUCAAUGACAUUGCCAAGGACAUAAGAAAUCAGAGGCGAUAUCGUCAGCGUAGGAAAGCCGAGCUGGUGAAGCUUCAGCAGACAAAUGCAGCACUGAACUCAAAGUCCAAGUUUUACAAUGUUCAGAUUGAUUCCUACAAUCAGUACAUUAAGACGUGCAUGGACAACCUGGCCAGCAACCGCAAGCUGUCAAAGAAACCUGGAGACACCAAAGCCAAGAAGAGUAAACAAGUUUCACAGAAAUACACAGCGUCACGUCUCCACGAGAAGGGAGUCUUGAUCGCCAUUGAGGACCUGCAGCCAAACCAGUUUAAGAAUGUUAUUUUUGAGAUUUCUCCAUCAGAGAGGGUUGGAGUUUUUGAUGUAAAGGCCAAGUUGAUGGGCGUUCAUCUGGAAACGCUCCAAUUAGAAUAUCAGGAUCUUCUGCAGCUGCAGUACGAAGGCGUAGCAGUGAUGAAGCUGUUUGACCGAGCCACCAUAAAUGUCAACCUGCUCAUCUUCAUGCUCAACAAGAAGUUCUAUGGGAAAUAAAACAGACUGCUUUCCACUCACAAACCCCUCUGCACUUGUAUUAGGCGUCUAUGCAAAUUAUUGUGCAUUAUUUUUGUUGAUGUGCUUUAUUAUUUUUGGAGCGUACUGGAGUCUGUUCCUUACAGUCCUGUCUGGAGAGUUAAAGAUUUGUACUUUUUGCUUUGAAAUAUUCAAAAUAUCUUCUGCAUGAGUUUUAAUUAUUAAAUGUAUGUUUUAUGUUUUGAUUUGCUGUUUACCUGAGUAACAUCACAUCUGGUCCAAAAACCAUACAAAACAAAUAGAAAAUAAUUAUUAUUGCAAAAAAAUGGGCUUUGGUCUCGUGAGAAACAAAAGUAUUUCCAUAGUUUCUGUUCUAAUAAUCCUGUGGCCUGUUUGAUGAGGCUUUGGUCAUUUUCAUCUUGUUGCAUCUUUUAUAUUAUUUAAGUUUUGUUGCAUCUUUUACAGCAUUUUCAUCUUGUACCUUUUACAUUUUUUUGUCAUUUAUUUCACUUAUUGUUACAUCUUUAAUGUUUUCCUGCUGUUGCAGUUUUCAUGUAGGGUUUGUCUUUGUUUUAUUUCGUCCUUCCUUUACUGUUUCCCUAAGUAAUGUUGCACCUUUUCCAAAACAGAUGUACACAAAGAACUCAGAUAAUUAAUAUACUGCAAAAAAAAAAAUUACUUUGUUAUCUUGACAAAACAAAAUCAUUAAUUUGGCUUCUGUGUUAACCCUUUUAGAUGUUUAUUGUGUCCUGUGAGCCUUUAGUUUGUUUUCUCUCCAAAGAUAAAGUGGAAUCAAAUAAUGGUAAAAUAAUUACCAAAACCCCUGCUGCUCAUAUUGAGCUGCUGAAGUCACAAAAUCAUGUGUUUAGUUCAAUGCAAUUGUAUCGAGUUACAGAACUAAUGACAGCCCUAAAGUCCUGAUGCUGGUCUGACUCAGUUCCGGUCCAUAGUUUACUUUAUACUGGAUGACGCAGGGUCUGGUUUCUGGUCCGGUUUUCUAAGUGUCAAGUUGGAUUUUUAAUCAGUUUACCACAACACAGACAACUUGCCACCUUAAAAACUAUUUUGGUUGAUGUAUGAACAUAAAAAGUAUAUAUAAUAUGAGAUGAGAUCUACAGGUUGAGACUGAACUGGAGAGUUUGACCCUUAUUUAUGUAUAUAUAUAUGCUGUCUCUUCCAUUUUGGAGCCGAAUAAUCAUAGAUCAUGUGCAGAUUAUUAGUGUUAUUUCCAGUAAAUGUUGCUCUACACCGGCCUUUAUUUGAAGUCAUGUGUUUGCAUUAUUUUAAGCUUUAAAUUCUGAUUUAUUUUGUUGUCAACACUUAGAUCUAUAUGUAUUAUGUAUCUGUUUGUAUUUCAAACUCACUGACAGUCCAUUCAGUGUCUUUUCGCUUGUUUAGAAUAAAGCUCUGCAGAAGACAUUUGUUUUAGCUUUAGAAUCUUUUUCAUUCAUUCCAUCACAUGCUGCAAUAAAAUAUGUAUAGUUGA